CUUCGUGCCUUCGUCUCGUCCGUCCCCUAGUCCCUACUCCCUCGCGCACGCCACCGUCCAGCAGCGCCGCCGCGGGGCGAGACCGAACCCUCCUCCGUUCGCCGAGGCGGAGGACGCCCUUCCGGACCAGCUUCCACCGGGGCGAGCGCUAAGUCGCCUCGAAUUUUUCCUCAGCUAGUAGCGGGCGCCGUUCUCCGUCGCUCUACCGGGAUGGCGUCGAGUGGGGAUCCGCCCGGAUCUACUGAUGAGAAGAAAACUCCAAAAUCUGAAGGAUCUUCCGACGAACGUCAAGGGGUUCCUCCAGCAGGCUUUUCAAAUCCUUUUGACUUUGCUUCUAUGCAAAGUUUGCUCAACGAUCCAUCUAUUAAGGAGAUGGCUGAUCAAAUUGCAAAGGAUCCUGCAUUCAACCAGAUGGCUGAGCAGCUACAGAAAAGUGCUCAUAGUACAGGCGAACAGGGGAUGCCCCCAUUGGACCCUCAACAAUACAUGGAAACAAUGCAAAAGGUCAUGGAAAACCCCCAGUUUAUGACAAUGGCAGAGCGUCUGGGGAAUGCUCUUAUGCAGGAUCCUGCUAUGUCUAGUAUGCUGGAAACCUUUAGCAGUCCAUCACAUAAGGAGCAGCUGGAAGAGCGUAUGUCUCGCAUUAAGGAAGAUCCAGCUAUGAAGUCAAUUCUUGAUGAGUUAGAGAAUGGAGGUCCUUCUGCAAUGAUGAAGUACUGGAAUGACCCUGAUACUCUUCAAAAGAUUGGCGAGGCAAUGGGAGCUAGCUUCCCGUUUGGUGCAGGUUCUUCUGCUGAACCUUCUGGUCCUGAAGAAACUGAGGAAGAAGGUGGGGAUGAUGAUGAAUCAAUCGUCCAUCACACUGCCAGCGUUGGUGAUGAAGAGGGUCUCAAGAAGGCACUAGAUGGUGGAGCAGACAAGGAUGAAGAAGACUCUGAGGGAAGAAGGGCCUUACAUUUUGCAUGUGGGUACGGUGAGUUGAAGUGUGCCCAGAUCCUUCUUGAGGCUGGUGCUGCAGUGGACGCUUUGGACAAGAACAAGAACACCCCGCUGCAUUAUGCCGCUGGCUAUGGCCGCAAGGAGUGUGUGGAUCUUCUUUUGAAGCAUGGCGCUGCCGUAACGCUCCAAAACCUGGAUGGGAAGACACCCAUCGACGUUGCCAAGCUCAACAACCAGGACGAGGUUCUUAAGUUGCUCGAGAAGGACGUCUUCCUUUAAAUAUCAUGCCUGCCAUAGACACAUGGGACUCUUUGGUUCAAGUAUGGUCAUGUUUCACACCGCUUGUUUUUGUUUGGAUAGCCACAUAUCGGGGCCUUGUAUCUGUUUUAUGCCUAAUUGCUAUCUGUUCUAGUUAGCAUGCGGGUCAUGCUACAGUUAAGAGGCUGCUGUUUGAACAAGCAUGUAAUGGUCUACCGUACGUGACAUGUGUAUUCCCACUUCAUUUCUGAUAUUGAAGCUCAUAUGCAUGUUAUUUCCGGCCUUCCGGAUCAAAUUUCA